CAGCUCUGCCAACAUGAUAGGACCGCACACCGUGAUCGACACUUGCAUAUGCUAUCUUCGACGCAAGUGCACACCAAUAAUGCAACACUCCAACCGACGCCGCUAUCGGCCGGCCCAUAAUAAAGAGGUCUUGAAGCGGGGGUUGUCGGAAUCAGACGAUCAGAUAAGAUUAAUCUGGUCCACCGUGUCCCAGUUCCAGUCCCACCUAUAAAGCGACCCUGCCGAACUUUCCUUCGGCCCACGCUUGAUUUCCUUGAUUUUCCCCCUUGGACUUUCAAUUGCGUGAUAGAGAAAACUCUGCACAAUGGGGAGAUCCUCUGCUCCCCCUCCUGAGCCUACGGAUGUGGACUACAAGGCUGAAGCUGAGGCAACUAUUAUUCGGGAUGUUGACCUCGGGGAACUGCUUGCGGUUGAUUAUACGCCCGAGCAGGAGAAGAGGGUCGUGCGGAAGCUCGAUUUUGCGUAUGUACCCCUUCAUUGCCAUUCAGUCCCAACUAAUUCGUACAGCCUCAUCCCUGUCAUGGGCCUUGUCUACAUGAUGCAGUACAUGGACAAGGUAGCACUCAGCCAAGCGACCCUGCUGAACCUGCGCGAGGAUCUUGACCUCCAGGGACAAGAAUACUCUUGGACGUCGGCGAUUUUCUACUUUGGAUAUUUUGCAUGGAGUUGGCCUAGCUCAUACCUCAUGGUCCGACUGCCGUUGGCAAAGUAUAUGGGUGUUUCUGUCGCCGUCUGGGGCGGGAUACUCAUGUGCCACGCUGCAACCAAAGGCUUCGACAGUCUCAUGGCCGUACGUUUCUUCCUCGGCGUCGGCGAAGCAGUUAUCGGUCCCGGAUUUGCACUCAGUAUCGGAAUGUUCUAUACUCGUGAAGAGCAGCCCGCACGUCAAGCCGCCUGGUUCGUCGGCAACGGCAUCUCCAACCUCAUCAGCGGCCUGAUCGCCUACGGAAUCGGCAACGUGCACAUCACCUCGAUUACGAACUGGCAGCUGCUCUUCCUGAUCCUCGGCGCGAUCACUACACUCAUGAGCGCGCUCAUCUUCAUCCUUAUACCCGACAAGCCGCAGAAGGCGGUCUUCCUGACCAAGACGGAGCGCGCGAUUGCAUUGCAGCGCACGCUGCGGAAUAAGACGGGUGUUAAUGAUACGGGCAAGUGGAGGUGGGACCAGGCGUGGUUGACCAUGAAGGACCCGCAGACGUGGUUCUUGUUUCUGUAUUCGAUUUCGACCAAUUUGUGUAAUGGGGGGAUUACCAGUUUCUCCGGCCUAAUCAUAAACGGCUUCGGCUACGGCCGCGUCCGCUCCUUGCUAAUGCAAAUGCCCCUCGGCGCCUCCCAACUCGUCUUCCUCGUCCUAACAACCACAGUCGCGACCUUCUUCCGCAACACGCGCGUGGCAAUGAUGAUCCUCAACACGGCCGUCUCGCUCAUCGGGAUGGUGCUCGUGUGGAAGCUCGACGAGUCGCACGCCGAGGCGCGCGUCGCCGGGUUGGCGCUGACAGUCGCCUUUGCGGCGAAUACGCCGCUGUCGCUGUCGCUGAUUAGUUCGAAUGUUGCGGGUUUCACGAAACGGAGUCUCACGAGCGCGUUUAUCUUCAUUGGGUAUUGUGUAGGGAACAUUGCCGGUCCGCAGUUCUUUUAUGAGAGGGAGGAGCCGCAUUAUCAGACCGGAAUGACCGCCUCAAUCGCCGGCCUAGCCUUCGGCGUCUUCUUCCUGAUCCUGCUGUGGCUGUACUACUUCUUCGAGAACAAGCGGCGCGACGCGCAGUAUGGCACCGCCGACCAAUUUACGGAGAGCGAAGAGGUUGCCCAGGGGCUGUCGAAUAAGACGGAUCUCGAGAUUGAGAGUUUUCGGUAUAUUCUUUGAGUGGAUGAGGUUUUUUUGUGGGAGUUGAUGGGGGCUGGCGGGAGGGGGAUCGGGCUUGUGGGUGUUGAGAUGAGCUGGCGAUGCAGAGUAAAUGGGGAGGGGGUUGCUUGGAGGGUUGUGGUGGUGUUGCUGGCUGUGGAAUUGGGAGCUAGUUAGGGGUUGAUAUCCUGGAUGAGAACGUAUGUAUGACUGAAUGAACAAUGCAUGAUAUCCAUGGUCGCC